AUGAAUGAAAAACAACAUGUGGAAGUGGUUAUGUCCAAUCAAUCGGAACAAAGCCGAAUUGAUUAUCAUACUGGUUUAGUUGCAAGUAUUGAUGUUGCUAGAUUGUGUUUAAGUCAAGCACUAGCCUUUCGUGGACAUGAUGAGUCGGAGGAGUCUACAAAGAAAGUUGAUGAAUCUCGUGACAUAUCAAUUAAAGAGCAAAUGGUGGUUUUUUUACGUUAUGUAGACAAGCAUGGGUGUAUAGUUGAACGUUUUCUUGGGGUUGUACAUGUUAGUGACACAACUUCUCUUUCACUUAAAGUUGGUGUAGAGGAACUUCUUGGGAAGCACAACUUGAGUAUAACCAAUAUAAGGGGUCAAGGAUAUGAUGGAGCUAGUAAUAUGCAAGGAAAAUUUAAUGGUUUAAAAAGUUUAACUUUGAAAGAAAAUCCUUGUGCUUUUUAUGUCCAUUGCUUUGCUCAUCAAUUACAACUUGCGCUCAUUGGUGGUGUAAAGAAAGAUAGGAAGAUAUCAAUGUUAUUCACACAAAUAUCUACCAUUACAAAUGUUGUUUCCGGAUCUUAUAAAUGUCAAGACUUGCUCCAUGACAAACAAAGUGAAGAAGUUGUUAAAGGACUUUGUAGUGGCGAGAUUGUUACCGGAAAAGGCUUGUAUCAAGAAUCAACUUUAAAAAGAGCGGGUGAAACACGUUGGGGUUCUCAUUAUUCAAGUUUGUUGAUCUUAAUUAGAUUGUUUAGUCCGGUUAUUUAUGUACUUGAACAUAUUGUGGAACAUAUGGAUGAUCAUGGUCUUCGAGGUAAUGCGGAAUUAAUGUUGUUAACAGUGAACAACUUUGAUUUUGCAUUUUUCUUGCACUUGAUGAAAAAUAUUUUGAGGAUAAGUGAUGGGUUAUCACGUGCAUUACAAAGAAAGGAUCAAGAUAUUGUAAAUGCAAUGAACCUUGUUAAUGUCACUAAGAAUGUGCUUUAA